CUGAAGGAAGAAAUGCUGUAACAGCUGAAGGGUUUCAGGAAUAUGAACAGUUCCUGUUUCUGUGACACUAUAUUUCUGCUCUCAAUGUGAAAUGUCUGCCGCCUCUCGGUCAAACAGCUCUGCUGCUCUGCAGGAUGGUGAUAUUGUGGAAAGAAUGACCAUCUUCAGUCUGUGCACAGCAUCAGCCGCCGUCUUCCUCUUCAUUAAUGGAACCCUCAUGUUCACUCUGAGGAGCAGAUCAGUUUUCAGAGACACCUGUCGUUAUAUUCUGUUGUAUAACCUUCUGCUGGCAGAUACUGCACAGUUAGCAGUAUGUCAGCUUCUGUUCCUACUGUCUGUUUGCAGAAUUACUCUAACGUAUCCAGUUUGUGGCACGCUGACUGUUUUUGCCAAUCUGACUAAUGUGAGCUCUCCUCUCACGCUGGUGGUGAUGUCUGUGGAGCGCUGCAUCGCCGUGUGCAUGCCUCUGAGACACGCUGCAAUCGUCACCAUCAGAAACACAGGACUGGCACUUCUUCUAGUUUGGACCAUCAGUUCUUUGCAUAACAUGUGUCGUGUUUUUUUGCUCUUAGACUUUCCUUUUGUAGACCUGGAGAGUCUACAGAUGAGAGAUUUGUGCUCCGAUCUCACAAUGCUGCUGGGAUCCAAGUCUAAAGCCUAUGAUAAUGUUUUUAAUGGUUUCCUGUUUGUUUCAGCGGCUCUAGUGAUCAUUUCUUCCUAUAUUGGAGUGAUAAUAGCAGCCAGGUCAGCAUCCACAGGGAAGACUUCAGCCCUGAAGGCUCGCAACACACUGAUGCUGCAUUUGGUGCAGUUAUGCCUUAGUCUGUCCUCCACUAUUUACAACCCUAUGCUCAUAGCGCUUUUGAGGAUUCUUCAAUAUGCAGUGUUUAUACGAUUACAUAAAUUUCUUUAUGUAUUGAUCAUUUUGUUCCCUAGAUGCUUGAGUUCUCUAAUUUAUGGCCUCAGAGAUCAGACAAUCAGGCCUGUUCUUCUGGGCUAUCUAUGCUGCCGACUAAAUCCUAAAAUUGCUGCAGUCAGUGGCUAAAGAGUUUGCUUUUGUUUAGGAUUUAAUCUGUC